CGGGAGGGAGGGAAGGAAGGAGGGGGGGGGCUGCGCGAGUGGUACACGGGCCCGUCCUUGUUGACGGCCAUGGACGACUUCCUGCCCGCCGCCAAAUUUUUGCGGGAAGCACGGGGGAAACCGCUGCGCAUGAUCGUGAACGACCUGGCGCCUGCCGGGAAGAAUGUGGGUGUCUCGGUUCGAGUCCUCUCGGGUGGGGUCAAAACCGGCUCCAAAGUCCUGAUCCUCCCCAUUGGGGACGUGGCUGUUGUGCGAAGCAUCGAGGUGGAGGGUAGUCCGGCCGAGGUGGCUGGGGCCUUGGAGCACGCGGAGAUCACGUUGCAAGGGGUGGAUCCAGCCCGGAUAUCGAUUGGGAGUGUCUUGUGUAAAGGGAAAGCCGCCGUGCCGGUUUCGUGUCGUUUCGCCGCCCAGAUCACCACGUUAUCCUCCUUGAGCGUGCCCAUUUUGCGGGGCACGCCUUUUCAAAUGCAUGUGCAAAGUCUGGAGAUCCCCGUGAAUGCGACGCGUCUCACGGCUACCCUGGCCAAGCCCCUGUCGGAGGAGGGGCGGGGGGCGGCCGAGGUCAAGAAGGAGCGCCCUCGGUGUCUAACAGGGAACAUGCUGGCCUUGGUCGAGUUUCAAUGCGCUCGGCCCGUGUGUGUGGAGCGUUUUGAGGAUUCGCGGCCGCUGGGUCGAUUCAUCCUCCGACAAAAGGGGGAGACGGUUGCGGUGGGGAUCGUGACGGCAAUCCUCCCAGAUGCAUAAGCGGGGAGGUGCGUCAGCGGGGAAGGAAGGAAGGAAAGGGGGAGACGGACAAAGAGGCGAAGAAAAGAGGCCCUUGGGGGAU